CCCCCCCCCGCCGCGAACAUGGCCAGCGUGUCGAUGGAUUUCGCCAGGUGAGUUUUUUUGGGGGGAUCGGAAUUUUGACUAUGACGUCGGGGUGCCGGUUACUGGCCAGCACUCACUAUUGUCUCUAUUGUCUUCAUGCAUGGCUUCUGCCUUUCAUUGUUGCCUUCCGGGUUGCAUUCUUUCAUUCCCCCCUCCUCUUCCUCCAACAACAACGACAACAUCGACACCUCCCUCCAAAUCUACAACGACCUCGUGCAAUGGACCCUCCAAAAUGGCGGCCAUCUGCACCCGAGCGUGCAGAUCGCCAAAGACGCCCAACGCGGCGUGCACUUCCAAGUCCGCAAGGACUGGACGCAGCGAGUCCCCACCGACACGCACAUCAUCAAGACGCCUCUCGCCACGACCAUGUCCAACAGCAGCAAUGCAAGCUCCGUCUCCUUCAAAUCCCACGGCGUCCACCUCCCCCACGCAUUCAUGCAGGCCGUGGGCCCCAAAGAAACUACCACGUUCUUUCUCAUGGGCCAGUACCUGCGCGGCGCCGAGGGCUUCUGGUUCCCGUAUUUGAGGACGUUGCCGCGCCCGGGCACCCUGACGACGCCGGUGUAUUAUGAGGGGGAGGAUUUGGAGUGGUUGAGUGGGACGAGUUUGGUGGUUGCGAGGGAGAAGAGGGUGGAUAUGUUGAGGGAGGGGUUUGAGAGGGGGAUGAGGGAGUUGAGGGAUGCUGGGGGCGUGGAGGGGGUGGAUGGGGGGGAGUUUACGUGGGAUCUCUAUCUCUGGGCUUCGGCUAUCAUUACCUCGCGGGCCUUCUCGGCCAAGGUGCUGUGUGGAGUGAUCUCCGAGGAGGAGGCGAAGGAGGAGAAUGUCGCCGUUUUGCUGCCGCUGAUUGAUAUGGGGAACCAUCGGCCUUUGGCGAAGGUGGAGUGGCGCGCUGGGGAUGAUAAUGUCGCGUUUGUGGUCCUGGAGGAUGUGGCUGCUGGCGAGGAGAUCAGUAAUAACUACGGACCGAGGAAUAAUGAAUCAUUGAUGAUGAAUUAUGGAUUCUGCAUGCCGAACAACCCGUGUGAUCAUCGCAUUGUCAGCCUACGGGCUCCGCCGGGAAGUCCCCUCCAGGUUGCGAGAUCUCACCAGCUCCAGAUGUUCCCUGAGCUGGCCGGUGCAGAGAAGGAGGACCAUUACUACGUGUUCAAUGUCUUCUAUCCCCUCCUCGCCCCGGACUCGGCCAUGGAGCAUUCGGUCUUCUCGCCGGCCCUGCUCGACGCCGUCUCGGUGCUGGGUGCCAACAACCGCGAACUCGAAACGCUGGAGAUCACCAGCCACGCGAUCAAGAUCCCCAACGCCUACGGCAACUCGCGGGCCCUCCUGGCUGCCCUGAGCCAAGUGACCAUCGAACUCAUCACGCAUGCCCUGAAGCUGCGGUCUACCGGGUCCGACCUACAGACGCCCAAGAACCUCAAGCAGGCCCACGCGAAGGUCUACCGGGACAGCCAGAUCCUGCUGUCCGAGACGGCUCUAGUCAUCGCCACGUGGACCCUGAACCGUGCCCGGCAGCACAAAUUCACCGGCACCUGGGAGGAAACCAAACGGGUCCUGGGGGCUCAUCUAGCCCGGAUCCCUGCCGGUCGAUUCCCCCCCGAGAUCAUGUCCCGGAUCCAAAUGAGGAUCCUGGAACGGCAGUCGCUGCUGACGCACAACGGCGAGCUGUUCACGUUGAACGAGCUCCCCGACCUCCUCCCGGCCGCGAUGCAGCAACCCUGCAAGGCCUGCUUCCAGGAUGUGCUCUCGGUGUCUGAGAACGCCAUCCCCGCGCUAGCAGGCAGCGAGGAGUCGUCGCCCUUUGCGUUCCCGAUGUUCAUCUGCCUGGUCGUGGCGGUGCACCUUUCCAGCCAGUCUGCGGGGGUAUCCCUUCCCUCGAGGUUGUCUCGCUGGGCGGCCUUCCUGCUCGAGAACUACCCGCCGCCGCCGACUGAUGUGGCCUGGGCGGUGGAGGACGAGGACGACGAGUACUUACUGAGCCAGUUUGAUGCGGCGAUGGAGGACCUGCGCACGCAGAAUAAGCGGGUGUUUGUCCCCCUGGAGCGGUUCACGGGAGACUGGCAGAAGGAUGACUGGUGGCUGUCACCGAACUGGUUGCGGUGGGCGUGGAUGGUGUGGGAGCAGGAGACGGUGGGGGUGCCGGAGAAGCCGCUGGGUUUGUUGGCGGGGGGGGGGAGGGGGCAGGUGCAGUUGGCGACGGAGACGUUCCUGUAUAUUCCGCAGGAGUGA